CUGGCAUCUGUCAAAAGCGGAAGCACGUGACACAGGGAGCUAGUAUUUCCCGCAUGCCUUCCUUACUUUGGGAGGCUUUGUAAACAGGAGCGGUUUCUUGCUCUAUUGUGAAUGGCCGUUGAAAUCACUAGCAACAAAGUUCCCGCUGGAUUCUACCGACUUGUUUAAACCUUACAUAGGGUCAGCAAAUCGUUUUUGAUCUUCGCCAAAAGAAGGAGCUCCCAAGAUGAAUGUAUCGCGAAUCUUUGUACUGGGUUUCAUCUUGUGUUGCUGCGCUUCCUCGAUUCUAGGCGAAAAGGCGUCUGAAAUAUACAAGAGACAAGAGAAGGAUCCCUGGUUUAUGGACGGAGUUAAAUUCAUUGAAGAUGGUGUUAAACUGAAGCAAAUAAAAACGAAGGCGAAGAAUGUAAUUUUGUUUUUGGGAGAUGGCAUGGGAGUCAGCACCGUAACGGCUGCAAGGAUUUUGCAAGGACAGCUGCAAAAGAAAACCGGGGAAGAACAUAUUCUGAGCUGGGAGAGGUUUCCAAACGUAGCUCUGUCAAAGACAUACAACACAGAUCAACAAACUCCCGACUCUGCAGGAACUGCGACAGCAUUUAUGACUGGUGUGAAAGCAAAAGCUGGCGUGAUUUCUGUCGACGACAAAGCAGAUUAUGCAUCAUGUGAAAAGUCGUUCGGUACCAGUGUCCUAUCGAUUGCAGAGAUGGCAGAGCUAAAGGGUUUGGCCACAGGAGUUGUGACUACUGCGCGCAUAACUCAUGCCACCCCAGCAACUGCGUAUUCACAUACUUCAUCGAGAAGGUGGGAAAGCGAUGGGUCACUGCCAGAUAAGAGAUGUAAAGACAUAGCACGUCAGUUAAUCGAGUUUUCACAUGGUGAUGGUCUUGAAAUUGCAAUGGGAGGAGGAAGAUAUAACUUCAUGCCGGAUAACGAAACAGACCCUGAGUAUCCAACAAAGAAGGGAAAUAGGAAAGAUGGAAGAAAUCUUAUCAACGAAUGGAAAGCAAAAUCCAAUGGAGGACAAAAAUGGGAUUACGUUUGGAACGAUUCACAGUUUCAGCAGUUAGAUGUCAACAAGGUCGAUCAUGUUCUAGGUUUGUUUGAACCUAGUCAUAUGCAAUAUUCUGUCAAUCGACUGGCUGAUGCAGCAGGAGAGCCCUCACUUACCAACAUGACAGAAUUCGCCAUCAAAAUGCUCAGCAAAAAUAAAAAUGGUUUUUUCUUGCUAGUCGAAGGCGGUCGUAUUGAUCACGGGCACCAUUCUUCGAAAGCUCACUUGGCCUUGCAUGAUGCGGUGGAAAUGGCAAAUGCCGUUGCGAAGGCGGUAUCCAUGACCAAAGAAGAGGAAACAUUGAUUGUUGUAACUGCGGAUCAUUCACAUACAUUUGUUAUUGCUGGGUAUCCAAAGCGAGGCAAUCCUAUCCUCGGUCUGGUUGAUGAAACUGGUGCCAAAGUUACCGGCUAUGUCAAGGACAAGAAGUCUUAUACAACUCUUGGUUACAUGAACGGCCCGGGUGCUAAAGUCAAUGCCACUCGAGACGAUCCAGCAAAAGAUGACGUUAAAAGUGCUGAUUACAGGCAACAGAGUUUGGUUCCAAUGGAUUCGGAAACGCAUAGCGGCGAGGACGUUGGAGUGUACGCACGUGGCCCAAGGGCGCAUCUCAUUCAUGGAGUCUUAGAACAGAAUGCAAUAUUUCAUGUUAUGGAUUAUGCACUUUGCUUGUCUGAUAGCAAGAAAACAUUAUGCGAAGAUCAAAGCCGUGUCACCAAUUCUGCAUUUUCGAGCAAUGUAUCAAGAAAUUUUCUUCAUAUUCUAAUGCCAGCUCUAACUUUUUUGUUUUUGUCAAGAUUGAUCAUUAUAUAGAUUCACAUAGCUUGCUGAAGUUUAGAAGCAUUUAGUGCAUAAAAGAGAGCAGUAAUCAAAGCAGACGAAACUACACCUGCCAGUCCCGUUAAGAUAAACUUUAAUUGUUCAACCUUGUAAUACUCAAGUCAUUACUUGUUUUACAAAUCCUUGUUUAAGGCUCUCGAGCAGAUGUUAGUGCCAAAAUAAAUGAACAAAUUCAACCAUCAGGUUCUAGGGUGGGAAUAUAAAAGUUAAUGGCCUACAAAUAUGAAGCUUAUUUUAUCCUGACAUUGAAUUUCGUGCAAACCUCUCCCUACCUUGUGCAAAUCGUGAUAUUAGACUGCAGGUGAUAGCGAUAAGGGGGGGGGAGGGAGUGGGGGUAGAGAUUUGCUCUUGAGAUCGAAAAGGUGUAAGAUUUUUUUUUCUAAUUACGCUCUUAAUUGCAAUUUUUUUUAGAUUUUGCGUAUCCUUCGUUUUAAUUAAUUUUGCACGCUACAGUGCAUACGAAGAUCAUACCUUAUAUGCGAUUAUUAGAAUUAUUAGAUUUACUAUCAUGAUGAAAUCAUAGAUAUAUAUAUAUAUAUAGAUAAAGCACAAGCAGCAAAUUUUUCAUGUUUACUACAUGAUUUAUUACUGCUCUGAUUUUAAUCUUUUAUUUGUAGUAAGGAAAAGAUUUUUUAACCAGUUGUGCUAAUAUUAUAAAACUUUGCACUGUAGUUUCAACUGUAAACGUCAUUAUCACAAUGAAGAAUAAAAUUGUUUG